GUUAUAACAUUUUUAUUCUUGUCUUAAUGUCUUUGUUCUUUUGUGUUUUUCUUUAUGCAAGGAAUACAUGAUGAAUGACAGCUCUGACCAGGAGAGAGCCUCCAGUUUGGACCAAGCAGAACCAGAACCUCCACAAUUCAAAGAGGAACCAGAGGAACUGUGCAUUAAUCAGGAGGAAGAGUCGCUCUGGCUGAAUCAGGAUGCUGAUGUAAAUGCAGAAUUAAAGUCUAAAUGUGAAGAGAAUUUCAGAGAUUGUAAAAGGAUUAUGUUUCAGUUCAAGGAACUGUCACAUUAUCAGUACUGCCUGGGGAUCAGAAAUGCUGAGACAGACUUACACAAAACAGAUGUUCAACAGCAGCAUCUGUGUGAGGAUGAGAAUAAAUGGCACCUCCAUAAACGGGAGAGACAUUCCAGUCUGGACCAAGCAGAACCAGACCCUCUACAGAUAAAAGAAGAACCAGAGGAACUCUGCAGUAACCAGGAGGGAGAGCAGCUGCUCCUGAAUCAGGAGACUGAUGUGAAGAUGGAGUUCAAGUCUGAUUUGUUGGAACAUCAGCAUCACCAGAGGAACAUCACCAUGAUUCCUGUCAUAAAGCUGGAACGAAUAGACCUCUCAGAGAAAAACAUCUGUAAGGAGGAGACUGAUGAUGAGCAGCUUCUCUGGAAACGGGAGAGGAGCUCCAGCCUGGAUGAAGAGAAACCAGAGCUUCCACUGAUCAAAGAGGAGUGGGAGGAGGUCUGCAUCGGUGAGGAAGGAGAGGAGCUGGAACUGAAGCAGGAAAAUUAUGAUUUCAUGGUCACUGAGGAUGAUCAGGAAAACAUGGACUCCAAACCAGAACCAAGUGAGAACCCAGUUCUGGAAGCAAACAGCCAGUUCAGAAACAGUGAUGCUGUGACUGUCCAGCUGGACUCUCCUUCAGAUUCUCAUGUGAAGGAGAGUCCAGCUGUCUUAUGUCAGUCAUAUUCCUAUGACACAUGUGGAAACAUUUUACCUCAACAUAGUGAUUCAAUACACACGUCUGAAAGGCCUUAUUCUUGUAAAGUUUGUGAAAAAAGUUUUACUCAGAAUUCUUCCUUAAAUGUUCACAUGAGAACUCACACAGGUGAGAAGCUCUUUUCGUGUGAAAUUUGUAAGAAGGUUCUCGUCUCCUUGAGAAAUUUGACCUAUCAUAUGAGAACUCACACAGGUGAAAGUCCUUUCACUUGUGAAGUUUGUGGAAAAAUUUACACUAAAGGCAGUGACUUGAAAAUCCACAUGAGAAUUCACACUGGUGAAAGGCCUUUUACUUGUAAACUAUGUCAGAAGGGUUUCAUGGAAAGCAGUCCCUUAAAGGCUCACAUGAGGACUCACACGCGUGAGAGGCCUUUCACUUGUGAAGUAUGUGGAAAAAGUUUCACUAGAGGUAGUGACUUGAAAAUCCACAUGAGAAUUCACACAGGAGAAAGGCCUUUUUCCUGUGGGAUUUGUAACAAAGGUUUCAUCAAUUCAGGUGGAUUGACCUGUCAUAUGAGAACUCACACAGGUGAAAGGCCUUAUUCUUGUGAAGUAUGUGGAAAACGUUUCACUACAGGUAGUGACUUAAAAACCCACAUAAGAACUCACACAGCUGAGAAGCUUUUUUCGUGUGAUAUUUGUAAGAAACGUUUUGUCUCCUUAAGAAAUUUGACUUGUCAUAUGAGAAUUCACACGGGUGAAAGGCCUUAUUCUUGUAAGGUUUGUCAAAAAUGUUUUACUCAACAUUCUUGCUUAAAUGUUCACAUGAAAAUUCACACAGGUGAGAGGCCUUAUUCUUGUAAACUAUGUCAAAAGGGUUUCAUGCAAAGUAGAGACUUAAAGGUCCACAUGAGGACUCACACAGGUGAAAAGCCUUAUUCUUGUAAAGUCUGUAAAAAAUGUUUUACUCAACAUUCUUGCUUAAAUGUUCACAUGAGAAUUCACACAGGUGAGAGGCCUUAUUCCUGUGACAUUUGUAGGAAAACCUUCAUACAUGCAAAUAGUUUGACCUUACACAUGAGAAAUCACACAUGUUAAAGACCUUUUACUUGUAAACUAUGUCAGAAGGGUUUCAUGCAAAGCAGUCCCUUAAAGGCCCACAUGAGGACUCACACAUGCGAAAGUAUGUGAAAAAAAACUUUUCUCAAAGUACUAAAUUAAAAGCCCACAUAAGAACUUACAUAUCUCCAUGUGAAAUUUGUAAGUUUUUCGUCUCCUUGAGAAAUUUGACCUAUCAUGAAAACUCACACAGGUUAAAGCCUUUAUUCUUGUAAAGUUUGUCAAGAAUUUUAUACGCGAAGUAGUUCAUUAUGUGCCCACAUGAAAACCCACACAGUUGUAAAACGCCACAUGUAGUAAACCAAAACACUUCAAAUCCUCUUCACCUUAAUCCACCUGUGUCAUGGUAGGAAUAACAUGUCAAUGUAAGGGUGGGGUCAUCUGGACCCCAUAAGAUAGCACAAGAGUUAGCUGACUACAUGAACACCCAAACUGGUAAAAGGUGUCAUUUGUUUUUGCUUUCUCUUCCUUAACUGCCUAUAAUAGAACACAUGAUGAAAUCGCACCAUUGGAAAGAUUUUAUGUUGUAAAUUAUGUAAAAUAUUUGAUCAAACUCAUGUUUUUUACCAUGAAUGCAACAGUUCACACAUCCAAGAACCCAUAUUUUUAUUUAAAAGAAUAGUUUUCCUGGAUAUUCAGACUAUUCUGAAUAAAGCAAAAAUAUUAAAAUGGCACCAUGUUUUUGUCAAAUAAAUUAAAAAUAUUUCAAUGCAGUAGAUACUAGGAAUGUAACGGUACGCUAAAAUCUCAUUUCGGUUCGGUUCAGUAUUUCAUAGGGCUCGGUUCGGAACAUUUUCUGUUUGUUUGUUUUUUUGUGACAAAAAAGUAAAAAAAAAAUUACUUGCA